AUGACCGGCAAGGGAUCUCGCAAGAGAGUGAAAGCCAGCCCCUCUGGCGCGGACUCACUGUUCCCCGCGUCUCCGAACAAUGCUGCCCGAGACCGCUCAGACUCACAGACUCAGAGCCGCUCGAGUUGGUACCCUGGAUCCUGGUCGGCUAUCUCGCGUGCAUCCAAGGCAGCUCCAGUUACCGAGGUUGCCCGUGAGAGCAUAUCGGUUGCGCAAAACGUAGCUAGCAGCUUUGUGAACUCUUCGACCUCCCUUCUCGACACGCCCAGACAAAAUCGUCAUCCAUCGAUUCAGUUGACCAAGAAAGCCGGCGCAUCGACUAGAUCCCUUCCUGCGGACGUCACUACGACUCGAGUUAAUAUUGCGUCAGAUGGUUCAGCUUCUACAACAGCGUUGGAUACCCUCGAGGCACCCGCAGCUGCAGAACCAACACCGGAUAAAGAGACAUCAGAAGUGACCACUUUGAAACCUUUAGAGAAAUCAGUGGAAGAGGAAGCGUCGAACGUUGAGAACGUUGGUGUUGAGCCUAAUACUUUGGAAGCAGCUCAAGCGCCAGCUGAUCAGCCCAGCGGAUGGUUCUCAUGGAUAUAUAAGUCUGGAACUGCAGGAAAGAACAGUUCAGCCGACCCAGAACGUGCAGGAGAGGUAGAGAGGUCCGCCGAGAACGACCCUACCAAGCACGCUGAACCCCAUCCGACCGCCAACGACACCAGUGGACAAGAGGUGGAACAUAAUUACGGACAAGAGCAAACCCCAGCCCAGGGAGGGGACACAAUAGAAACGACUUCAACGGCUCAGAAGCGGUCGUGGCUACAGAUGUGGUACGGGUUGGGUCCAUCAAACAAACAAGAGGAACAGCGUGCAACGGAGCCACCCCAGCCACCUCCAGGAGACACUAGUACAUCGACGGAUCAAGACGCGAAUAUGGCGCCUAAGGACUUUGCAGACCGUCCAGAAGACGUACCACCGGCCUCACAAAAUAUUGUUGGAACUACGAAAUCCUCGGGUUGGUCCUUCUGGUCCAAAGAUAGCUCCAAGGAUGCUGCACCUGACAAACCCCAAGAAGUCGAAGCCGUGGAGGCUAUAGUCACUUCAGAUACACCAACGAAACCGACGUCAGUGGAUCCAACCGCCGAAACUAAUGUCAAUAUCACGAAGAAAGGAAGCUUAAAAGUUAAGCCAUCCAAAGAUAGCCGCGUGAAGGACGGCAUAGUGUCCACCGUCGAAGCUACACCGACUUCCAUGCCACCAGUUGUGCCGAAACCCGCCGAUGCUACUGCAUCGAAACAACUACUAAAAGUCCUCCCGAACCAAGUACUUCCGAAAUUCGAAGACACCUUUGCAAUGGAGGAGUCACCAUCAUUAUUGCAAAGUCUGGGCCGGUUGUUGCAUUACACCAAAGGCCCGGAGCAUCAUCAUGUGGCUCGCAUCAAAGAACCACCUCGCAUUAAACGAGCCCUGACUAUUGGAGUUCAUGGGUAUUUUCCCGCUCCGCUGAUUCGAAGUGUGCUUGGACAGCCUACUGGAACGUCGAUUCGAUUUUCCAACAUGGCCGCCGAGGCGAUUCGAAAAUACACGGCAGAUCACGGCUACACCUGUGAGAUAGAGAAGAUCGCACUGGAAGGCGAAGGCCGCAUUUCAGAGAGGGUUGACUUGUUGUGGAAACUCCUUUUGAAUUGGAUGGAAGAAAUUCGCAAGGCCGAUUUCAUCUUGGUGGCGUGCCACAGCCAAGGCGUACCAGUCUCUAUCAUGUUGGUCGCGAAGUUGAUCUCCUUUGGCUGUGUCAAUGCUUCGCGCGUGGGAGUUUGUGCCAUGGCUGGCGUGAACAUGGGCCCAUUCUCUGCUUAUCGUUCCAGGUGGAUCAGCGGGUCUGCUGGAGAGCUGUUCGACUUUGAAUUACCCUUCAGCAUGGUCUCCAAAGAAUACGAGACUGCUCUGAAGCGCGCUCUUGACUUUGGCGUUCGCAUCUCUUAUAUUGGAAGCAUCGACGAUCAGCUCGUCUCCUUAGAGUCAUCCUUAUUCUCUACAAUAGCUCAUCCAUACAUCUACCGCUCCGUGUUUGUAGAUGGGCGGGUCCAUGCACCAAGCUUCCUCUCUCACCUUGUUGGUUUUGCUCUGAAAUUACGCAACCUCGGCAUCCCAGAUCACGGCCUCAUCCGUGAACUGAGCACUCCUUUAGCUGGCAGUCUAUACACAGGCGAGGGACACUCCCGUCUGUACGACGAUGAAGCAGUCUACUACAUGGCUAUCCAAUUCGCUUUGGAAACAUCCUCCGUCCCAGAUGCUAAACUAAACAUCAAACGAUCCAGCCCCGCCAUUUCCCCGAACCCGUAUAUCUUGCCUUUCGCGAUGCGCGGUCUCCUCGAGGAAGAAUAUGUCAGACGCGAGCUGCACGAAGAAACCAUGGAGCUCCUUCGCCAAUUCGAUGACUGGAAGCCCUCGAGUAAGGUCUUGAAGGAUGUCAAGUUUCGACUCGAGGGUAUCCGGUCGAAGCUGUAG